AUGGGGCGCGGCAAGAUCGAGAUCAAGAGGAUCGAGAACUCCACCAACCGGCAAGUGACCUUCUCCAAGCGCCGGGCCGGACUGGUCAAGAAGGCCCGGGAGAUCGGCGUGCUCUGCGACGCCGAGGUCGGCGUCAUCAUCUUCUCCAGCGGCGGCAAGCUCCACGACUACUGCUCGCCCAGGACCUCGCUGUCCAGGAUCUUGGAGAAGUACCAGACUAACUCCGGGAAGAUACUGUGGGAUGAGAAGCACAAGAUCCUGAGUGCAGAGAUCGACAGAAUCAAGAAGGAGAACGACAACAUGCAGAUUCAGCUCAGGCAUCUGAAAGGCGAGGACCUGAACUCCCUGCAGCCCAGGGAGCUGAUCGCCAUUGAAGAGGGUCUCCAGAAUGGGCAGACUAACAUGCGCGACAAGCAGAUGGACCACUGGAGGAUGCGCAAGAGGAAUGGGAAGAUGCUGGAGGACGAGCUCAGGAUGCUGUCUUUUAGGAUGCACCAACAGGCUGUUGAUCUGAGCGGCGGCACGAGGGAGCUGGAGAUCGGAUACCAUCAGGUCCAGCACGACAGGGAUUUCACUUCCCAGAUGCCGUUCACCUUCCGGGUGCAGCCCAACCACCCCAACCUGCAGGAAGACGAGUUGCUACAGUCCUACAGCCUGGUGGACAGUGUUGUGCAUGCCGCUCUGAACUGA